CGCGGACGCAGCGUUUGACAACGUCCUGGAGACGUAAGCGUCACUACUCCCGGAGUAUAUAAGGCGGAAGCGGAAAUCUCGCGAUCUCUUCCAAUCUCCCAACAUGGCCGAAAAAUCCGAGAAGGAGAAUCCUAUGCGUGAGCUGAGGAUCCGUAAACUGUGCCUCAAUAUCUGUGUUGGGGAGAGUGGUGACAGACUGACCCGAGCAGCUAAAGUGCUGGAACAGCUCACCGGGCAGACCCCUGUCUUUUCUAAGGCUCGCUACACCGUGAGAUCUUUUGGAAUCAGGAGAAAUGAAAAGAUCGCAGUUCACUGUACAGUUCGGGGAGCUAAAGCAGAAGAAAUUCUUGAGAAAGGCCUUAAGGUCCGAGAAUAUGAACUGAGGAAGAACAACUUCUCUGACACAGGAAACUUUGGUUUUGGUAUCCAGGAGCACAUUGAUCUGGGAAUUAAAUACGACCCAAGCAUUGGCAUCUAUGGGCUGGAUUUCUAUGUGGUACUUGGGCGCCCCGGAUUCAGUAUUGCAGACAAAAAGCGCAAGGCUGGCACUAUUGGUGCAAAGCACAGAAUUGGUAAAGAGGAAGCGAUGCGCUGGUUCCAACAGAAGUACGAUGGAAUCAUCCUUCCUGGAAAAUGAGCUGUCAGUUUAUAUAAAAUCAAUAAAAUAUAUCUUCUGAUA